UGGAGAGAGACCACAUUUUUUAAAUGUUCUGCAUCGACACCUUCCUUAUUAUUCACGUUGCGGGCGAUGGAGCCUUUGAACACAUUUGAUAUUCCGGACUGGGUCAGCUCCUUGCAAAAGCAGACAAGUGAGACUGCGGCAAUCGUUGUUUUCACAACACAUGUAGUUUUCGCCACAUUGUGAUUUUACCUUUUCAAUUAAUUCUGACGACAAAGACGGUGCAAAUUCUUCUUUCGGAUUCCUCGCAGCCUCAGAUUGGAAAACGUCGUCAAACUCGUCCUCGUCGCUGAAAAACUGGUCACCCUCAAGAAGACUCUUUUUCCCUUUGCCCUUAGAAUACCCUUCCAACCUUCGGGGACGGAAUCCGCGCAUCAUCGUGGCGAUGUUGUUUGGUCAGGUUUGGUGAGAAUUUAACGAAGGAAUCAAUAAACAGCAAGUAACCCGAGUGAUGAUCAUCAGCAGUAGUUAUUAUUGCUAAAAUUACCAAGUAGGGACUGAUUCUUGAAAAUUGUUUGACAUUAUUUUGGAGUGGCACAAGACCAAGGACUGGGUGAAAGCGAUUACUGCUGGAUUACCUGAGAGGGCUGGUUUUGUUGCAAAAUCAACAUAAAAAGUCUCGGAAAAAACUAAUCAAGAUUCUCUAAACAUGAUGAACACUAUGCUACUGUCUCGUACCAGAUAUUUGUUGAUAUCCGCGGCCUCUACAUUACAAAAUUUACGUUAUGAAAGUACCCUUGUUAAAACAAAAACAUUUUCUACCAGUGUAAUAAAUAAUAUCAAAAUGAGUGCAAGUUGUGCGAAUCACUUUAAACAUUUUCCUGUGAAUUUUGAAGCCAUACGAAAAGAGUUUCGAGGUCUAACAGGUGGCAAAGUUGUUCUUACCAAAAACAAUGAAAGUGGGGUUGCCUACAUCUGUUUGGAACAUGCGGAAAAGAAGAAUGGUUUCAGUGGAAGCAUGAUGGUUGACUUGAGCGAGAUUGUAAGUGAUCUUGAAACAUGGGACGCUGGAAAAGCUGUUGUACUUCAUGCUAAUGGGGAUACGUUCUGUUCUGGGGGAUAUCUGGACACUGUUAAGAAAAUCUGUAAUCACAAAGACGGUUAUAAGAUGUCAUCUCUUAUGCAGGACAGUUUGGCUCGCCUUGGAAAACUACCCUUGGUCUCGGUUUCGGUGGUGCAUGGACCGGCAAUUGGCGGUGGAGCUGAACUAAUGUUAUCCACGGACUUUCGUCUAUUCACACCAUCAGCCCAUUGCAAAUUUGUUGAAGCGAAAAUGGGCGUCGGCACCGGAUGGGGCGGUGGAACGCUUCUUCAAAGACUUGUUGGUUCCUCAAAAGCUUUGCAAUUACUGUUAAGCUGCAAAAGCGUCAGUUCUACAGACGCCAUAAGGAUGGGACUAGCUGAUCACAUUGUUAGCGAAGAAAAUCAUUUGCAAGAUUCGACAAAAUGGAUUCUUGAUUUAGUUGGAGGCCAUGAUUAUUCAGUCGUGCGUGCUGUUAAGCAAAUUGUCUCUUGUGAUAACUUUGAAGAGGAAAAAAGAAUUUUUGCCGGCACCUGGGGUGGAGAAGCACAAAGUAUCGCUUUAAGUAGGAAUAUAAAACAUAAGUAGUAAAUCAAUUGUAAUACCAAGUGCCAAAUAUCUAUACAUGCUAUAUAACACUAUUUUUAUAUAGUCAUUCUUAAUAAAGUAGAAAUCUCAACAUUCAAAAGCCA